AAGUCACCCUGCGGUGGUGUAAAUAUGAAAUCUGUAUUAUAUGGUUCUAUAAACGGGUUGAAGGAUUGAGUGUGGUUAGUUGAACAUGUCAAACGGAAUGUCAGUGAAAGAAAAGAAAGUAUCAUUUGUAGAAGAGCCUGAAGUAGCGUCUGUGACAAGUCAUGGAGGACGAUUGCCUGCUACCGCAGUUAACAUUAGAGCACGAAAAGAAGGGAAUCGAACUUUUGUUGACCAUAAUCAGAUGGAAUUAGCGAGAGCAAGAGCAGAGCUACGUCUAACAUCAUACAUAGUGCAGAUGACAGAAAAACCAAUUCCACCACACACUCCAAAUAUUUGGAAUGGGUUAAGACCGUAUGCAAGAACAUAUGACCCUGAAUUCGUCAACAGACUUCCUAAUGAUACAUUUGUUGGUGGCCAGAGUCGAAUAACUGUACAAAAUAUUGUUGAUCCAGAAAUCGAUGUGAUGAUUGACCAAACGAAGGUAACAUUGCCCGACAUAAAUCUAACACGUAGACAAUUGCUUAGUCAACGGAGAGAGGAGAGAAUGAAGCUGCCAUCUACUGGAGAAGAUAUAUUGGAUCCAAAAAGUAAGCCGAUUCCGUGGUCUCAGAAGGAAGGUAGUACCCAUCUAACGCCUUUUGCAAAAGUGAAUUACCGCCGCCCUGAGAUUGCUAUGCACAAAGGAACUAUUAAUUUUACACAUGUCAAAGAACUGAGACAGCAGAUGCAGCAAAUGUACGGGACCAGAGCGCAACAGAAAAAUGAUAUUGACUUCGCCCGUACCUCAAAGGAUUUUUACCGAAUGGAUUUGAACGUGGCACGUAACCGAGCACACCCACUCAACCGUUACCUGCUUGAUCAAGCGUGUCGAGUGUAUCUUGGUCCCUCUCGUGGUUCAUUGCGAGCUUAUAAUGAGCUUACUAGACCUCUAACGACAUUAGAUGACGAAUGAUACGUUAUAUUUGUAUAAGAGUAUUCGACUCGAUUAUAUUU